AUGGCCUUUGCAGUUUCAACCACAGCCCAGCGUUACGGGAAUGUUACUCUGGGUUCAUCAAUAACUGCAAACAAAGCAAAUUCCAGUUGGGUGUCACAUUCUGGAGAAUUUGCUUUUGGCUUCCAGCAGAUCAUUCCAGGGGGCUACUUACUGGGCAUCUGGUUCAACAAAAUACCUGAAAGAACCGUUGUUUGGUCUGCCAAUCGUGAUAAUCUCGUCCAAGAAGGAUCAAAAGUUCAACUAUAUGCAGAUGGAAAGUUUGAACUGACUGAUCCUAGUGGCCAUCGGAUAUGGGCCACUACGAUGUCUCAUGAUCGAGUGGCCUAUGGAGCCAUGCUUGACACCGGUAAUUUUGUGUUAGCUAACAAGAAUUCAGUUGUUUUGUGGCAGAGUUUCGAUGAGCCAACUGAUACAUUAUUACCAACACAGACACUGAAUAAAGAUGGGAAACUUGUUUCCAGCUUUUCUAAAACAAAUUAUUCAAGAGGGAGAUUCCUCUUCACAUUACAAAAUGAUGGAAAUCUUGUCUCUUACACCAGAAAUUUCCCCUUGGACGACGUGAUUUUUGCUUAUUGGUCAACACAAACUGUUGGUAGUGGCUUCAAGCUGAUCUUCAACCGGGUUGGUUACAUCUUUCUGGUAGCUGAAAAUGGAACUAUACUCAAUUAUUUGUCUUCAAACAAGGCCUUGACUAGUGAAUUUUACCAGAGAGCAAUAUUGGAUUAUGACGGGGUUUUCAGGCAUUAUGUCUACCCUAAGUCUUCCAAAUCAUCAGGCUCAAGAGCAAUGGCGUGGUCUACUAUAAAUUUCAUACCUACGAAUAUAUGCUUGCGCAUAACACAAGAUACUGGCAGUGGUGCCUGUGGUUUUAACAGUAUCUGCUCUUUUGGAACUGAUCAAAUUCCAAAGUGUGACUGCCCUUUUGGUUACUCUAUCAUAGAUCCAAAUGAUAGGAUGAGUGGAUGCAAACCGAAUUUCGCUACACAAAAAUGUGAUGGAGAGGCACGUGGAAUGAACCAUUUUAGAUUCACUGAUAUGCCCAACACAGAUUGGCCUCUCUCCGAUUAUGCAUACUUUCGGGUAGUAACAGAAGAUUGGUGUCGACAGAAUUGCCUUGAUGAUUGUUUUUGUGCUGUUGCAAUUUAUAGAGACGAGAUGGUAAUUGUUGGAAGAGGAGAUAUCCUCUCUCCAAUGAGAGGGUUGAUUCUAAAAGAUCUUUUAGGCCUGAACAUAAGAAGAUUAAAUUUCAAAGAGCUACAAGUAGUAACAGAUGGAUUCAAAGAGGAAUUGGGCAGGGGCUCUUGUUCAAUAGUAUACAAGGAUAUUCUUAAGAAUGACAAUAUUGAAACAGUUGUUGCUGUGAAAAAAGUUGAAAAGAUGGCUACAAAAGGGGAGCAAGAAUUUAAAGUGGAAGUAUGCUCAAUUAGCAAAUCUACAUUCAAGAAUCUAGUUCAAUUGCUGGGAUAUUCUGAUGAGGGCCAGAACUAG